GCAUUUCUGGCCAUUAUGCGGAUUGUCUUGAUUCUCCCUCUGCGGCUACAUUUUCCCGUUCUCUCUCCCAACUCUCGCCUUGCGUCCGCUCUGGGUAGCUCUACGUAAACGGCGAUCGCCAGAAUGCCGGCCGUGCGUAUCAGUCCAUCUCCCAUGCGGAGAUGGAUCCGCCCAUGCCUGCAAGCAAGCCGUCUCUAUUCCGGAGGGCCUUCUCCAUCAGCACGGCUAAACCUUCCCAUCGACUACAAAUCCACGCCUCUUCUGCAUCAUACGCCCGGUUCAUUGUCCAGUGCAUCAGAGCUCCCGAAGAGCGCAACGACAAAACGUCUGAAUCUGUACCAAGCCAUCAACGCUGCUCUGCGGACUGCUCUCUCGACGUCCGAUGAUGUUCUACUCUUUGGCGAAGAUGUAGCAUUUGGGGGCGUGUUUCGUUGCUCCAUGGACCUGCAGACGGAGUUUGGGUCCGAACGUGUAUUCAACACCCCGCUGACAGAGCAGGGGAUUGUAGGGUUUGCCGUUGGGGCUGCGGCAGAGGGCAUGAAGCCCGUCGCAGAGAUCCAAUUUGCCGAUUACGUCUUUCCUGCAUUUGAUCAGAUCGUAAAUGAAGCGGCCAAGUUCAGGUACCGCAGCGGUGCUACUGGGUCCAAUGUCGGGGGCUUGGUGAUCAGAAUGCCCUGUGGUGCCGUCGGCCAUGGUGCCCUGUACCACACCCAGUCUCCCGAAGCGCUUUUCGCUCAUGUACCUGGCGUCCGGGUGGUCAUGCCGCGCUCACCUUCUCAAGCGAAAGGCCUGCUUCUCUCAUCCAUAUUCGAAUGCAACGACCCCGUUAUCUUCAUGGAGCCGAAGAUUCUAUACCGUGCUGCAGUGGAGCAUGUUCCCAACGAGUCUUAUACCAUCCCGCUCAGCAAAGCGGACAUUGUCAAGCCCGGAAAGGACUUGACCGUCAUCUCUUACGGGCAGCCGCUCUAUCUCUGCUCGGCUGCCAUAUCCGCCAUCGAAAAGGCCAUGAAGGGAGUCAGCAUCGAGCUGAUUGACCUGCGGACUAUCUACCCUUGGGAUCGCCAGACAAUUCUCGGGAGUGUGAGGAAGACAGGAAGGGCCGUGGUGGUUCACGAGAGCAUGAUCAAUUACGGUGUCGGUGCAGAGGUUGCGGCUACGAUUCAGGAGGGCGCUUUUCUCCGGCUGGAGGCUCCUGUCAAGCGAGUUGCGGGAUGGAGCACCCACACUGGUCUGGCAUUUGAACAGUUUAUAUUGCCGGAUGUAACAAGGAUAUACGACGCGAUAAAGCAGUCCCUAGAAUACUGAACGCCCUGCUUGUUUAGAAUCAAUGGCCGUUGGAUGUUAUGUGUCUAGGAUACUCGCUGGGCCUGUUGUAGUUGACGCAUAGACACCAUAGACAUCGUGUAGAAUGUGUCGUCCAAGGCAAUGUCUUUCUUUCUUUCCCCGUGUCAACAACUCUGAAGAAUGAGCAUCGAGCAAGGCGUAAGAUAAUAUAUAAGGCAUGUAUUCUUAAAUCCGAACUUCUCAUACUCGCAAUAUAAAAUACG